UGUAGAAUAUUUUAGUCUUUGUUCUAAAUUUCUUACAAAAUCUUCUAUUAUUAUUUCCUAAAGAAUAAAAUAAUAUAAAAAAUUUAAGUAAACAGUUUUCUAACAACGAGCAAAAAAAAUUCUGUUAUAUGCAUUUAUAUAGAGAUAGUGAAAGGUAUUGCGUGAUAUAAUGAGUGAUUCUAAAUCGUUUGUGAAUUUUUCAUGCCAGAGAUGUUUACAACCUUUGAAAUUAGACGAAUCUCUAAACAAUCUUGGAGAGCACACGAUUGCUGACUUGACGCUGCAAAUUCGGCGGAAUAAUGAAGCCGAUCUUGAUUUGCAAUCAUCUAGUUUGGACCAUUAUGUGCCACCGUUUCGUAUGUCGGAAUCAGGUAAUGGGGCCAAUGGAUUCAUGGUGAUCUCAGACGGAUGGGAGACGACAUCCGUUGGUCAUCAAUUGCAUGUGAAAGCCACAUUAUUUGAUCUGCUCUCUAAUAACUCUGAUGUAGAUCAUCCAUUAUGUGACGAAUGCACUGACACAUUAUUAGAAUUAAUGGACAAUCAAUUAAGGCUCGCUGAGGCUGAGUGGAAGGAUUAUAACGAUUAUCUAAAGAAAUUAGAAGAUGAUAAGGAAGAUUUGAACUUGGAAGGACUAGAGAAAGAGCUUGAAGAUUGGAAACAGGAGCAGAGUCGACUGCUACAGGAGCUAUCAGCUUUACAAAAAGAGGAAAAAGCCAUGAAAGAUGAGAUAGAUAUACAAGAGAAAGAGAAGGAUAGAUUAGAAGUUGAACAAGAGAUAUAUUGGAAAGAAUAUACUAGAUUCCGUAAGGAUUUGAUGACAACGGAAGAUCAAAUAAAAUUUUAUGAAUGUCAAUUAUCGUACACUCAAACACAGCUAGACAAAUUGAAGAAAACAAAUAUAUUCAAAGCUACAUUUCACAUAUCGGAUUCUGGACAGUUUGGUAUUAUAAAUAACUUUCGCCUUGGUCGGCUACCAUCUGCACCGGUAGAUUGGUCAGAAAUCAAUGCUGCUUGGGGACAAACGGUGCUGCUUCUGUCGUCAUUGGCUAGAAAGAUCAAUUUCUGUUUCCAACGCUACAGACUUGUGCCUUAUGGAAACCAUUCUUAUAUUGAAGUAUUGGAAGAUCAGAAAGUGUUACCGCUCUACGGCUCAGGCGGCUUCCGUUUUCUUUGGGAUACAAAAUUUGAUGCGGCCAUGGUAGCAUUUUUAGAUUGUGUCCAACAGUUUAAAGAACAAGUCGAGAAGGGGAACACCGGUUUUUGCUUGCCUUACAGGAUUGAUAAGGGGAAAAUCGAAGACACUGCCUCACCACCACAUGCAUAUUCCAUUAAAAUCCAGUUCAACUCCGAGGAGCAUUGGACGAAAGCUCUAAAGUAUAUGUUGACUAACUUAAAAUGGGGUCUAACUUGGAUAUCAUCACAAAUAAGCGAGGACAAUAUUGAGAAUUGAAUUAAUAUUUCUGUGAUAUAUUUUCUAGUACAUGAAUUAGUAUAAUUAGUGUAUUAUAUUGUGAUUAUUUUUUUAAUACAAAUUGUUGUUUUUAAUGUUAUGUUUGUAUGUCAGUAACUUAAUGUAUAACUCCAGUGCGAAGUUAGUCAUAAUAAAGGAUAUGAUUGUAAUA